UCAUAUUUCGGGCGUGAACAAUGAGAAUUUGGAAUUGAAUCUUUGAAGAAAAAGAACCUCCCUCACGGACACGCUUGAACCACUUUUGCGAGUAUGGCCCCCGAUAUCAGGAGUUUCUUUGGCACGCAAAGUAGCCAAGGUUCGAAAUCGGGGAAGGGAGCUGGCUCAAAGAAACCAGAGGAUAAUUCCAAAUCAAAAAAGCGGCGAGGCAGGAAAGUUAUUGAAGAUUCUGAGGAUGAAGACGUUCAACCUGUCAAAACGACCCCGAAGCCAGAGCCAAAGAAAAAAAGGCAGAAACCUGAAGAGACUGAAGAGCCUACGACAACAUCUGACUACUUCGCCUCCUCUCGGAAAAGCCGCCGCGGCCCAAAGUCUAGUGCUCCGGUAGAAGAAUCGAAACCCAAAAAAAGCGAGAUUUCGGAAGCAAAAUCCGUGGACGUCACCUCUAAAUCGCGCAAAAGUGAUGCCAAGAGAGACCGGGAGCGGAGUCCUGCUGUUGUUGUCAGAAAUGGACGAACGCGCCAAAAGCCUAAAGCUACCAAGAUACUUGACGCUGACGAUAGCCUUGGUGGCGAUGACAUAUUUGCUACGGAGUAUCAGAAACGGGGAGGGGGCGGUGGAGAUGAUGAUUAUCAGGAGGAAGAAGAUGAAGACUCAGACUUUGAAGAACUGCAGGUAGAAUCACGACUUCUACAACCCGCGCCAAAAGUCUCGCGCUCCACAAAUACUUCGACUAGAAAUGGGCAAAAGAGAAAAUCAGAUGCCUUACAUGAUGAAGAUGAGGAGAGUGAGCUAUCCGAUAAACAAAAGAAGAAGGCCGCGCGUGGGCAAGCCGUUAAAUCUCCUACGAAACCAACCCCAAAAAAACAAAAAGCCGCUGCAAAGCCCCCGCAGGCCGAGAGCAAGGAGAUCCAGGCUAUAUUCGAUAGUAUUCCAACCGUACGCCCGCCUUCCCCGCCAGCAGAAGCCAAGAAGUUCAAUUUUAUGGCUGCCAAUCAGCGUGCACAUGCUUCAGCAGCUGGCGAACCGGCGGAGCUACCUAUCGGGGCAGAGAACUGCCUUGCUGGGCUUUCGUUCGUGUUUACUGGCGUUCUCGAUUCAUUGGGUCGAGAUGAAGGUCAGGCGUUGGUCAAGAGGUACGGUGGCAAAGUUACUGGUGCCCCUAGUUCGAAGACCAGCUACGUUGUUUUGGGUAGUGACGCUGGUCCAAAGAAAUUGGAAACGAUCCGCAAACACAACCUCAAGACUAUUAAUGAGUAUGGCCUUUUUGAGCUUAUUAGAAAGAUGCCGGCAAAUGGAGGGGAUGGGAAGGCUGCUGUUCAAUACGAAGCGAAGAAGAAAGCUGAAGAACAGAAAAUAAAAGUCAUGGCAGCUGAAAUAGAUCGCGAGGAAAAGAAGAGUUCUGCCUCUGCUGCCGCAACAUCAGUCGCCAGAUCCACGAAAGCUCCACAGAAAUCCAUACCCGCAGCCGCAAAAGAAGCGGCUGUGGAUGACCGUCUAUGGACGGUGAAGUAUGCACCGACUUCUUUGAAUAUGAUAUGUGGGAAUAAAACGGCUGUCGAAAAGCUUCAGUCUUGGCUGCGCAAUUGGCGUAACAACGCGAAAGUUGACUUCAAAAAGCCGGGUAAGGAUGGCUCCGGCACUUAUCGCGCCGUCAUGAUUCACGGUCCGCCUGGGAUUGGAAAGACUACUGCUGCGCAUCUUGUGGCUAAGCUUGAAAAUUACGAUGUCGUUGAGACGAAUGCAAGUGAUACUAGAAGCAAAAGGCUCCUUGAGGAUGGUUUACGAGGCGUACUGGACACAACAUCUCUCCAGGGUUACUUUUCAGGCGAAGGCAAAAAGGUUCAAAGUGAAAAGAAAAAUCUCGUUCUUAUAAUGGAUGAAGUCGACGGAAUGUCAGCUGGUGAUCGUGGCGGUGUCGGAGCUCUUGCUGCAGUCGCCAAAAAGACGCGAAUUCCGAUGAUACUGAUAUGCAAUGAACGAAGGCUGCCAAAAAUGAGACCAUUCGACCACGUAACUUACGAGCUUCCCUUUAGGCGCCCUACUGCCGAUCAAAUUCGUUCAAGACUUGCUACCAUCUGUUUCCGUGAAGGCCUAAAGAUUCCACCGCAGGUCUUGGAUGGCUUGAUUGAAGGCACACAUUCUGAUAUAAGACAGAUCGUUAAUAUGUUAUCAACUGUGAAACUUGACAGUCAGAACCUCGACUUUGACGAAGGCAAGCAAAUGUCCAAAGCCUGGGAGAAACACGUCAUUUUGAAGCCAUGGGAUAUUGUUGGCAAGAUAUUGAGCGCUCAAAUGUUCUCCCAAAGCUCGACAGCUACUCUCAACGAUAAGAUUGAACUUUAUUUCAAUGACCACGAGUUUAGCUAUUUAAUGUUGCAGGAGAAUUAUCUCAAAACAAACCCUAUCGCAGCCGGGUCAUACAAUGGCAGAGAACGGAAGUUCAAACUUCUCGAACUAGCCGAUAAUGCUGCUCAGAGUAUCAGCGAUGGGGACCUGGUAGAUAGAAUGAUUCAUGGCUCCCAGCAGCAGUGGAGUUUGAUGCCUACCCAUGCUGUGUUCAGUUUCGUUCGACCAGCCAGCUUCGUGUCCGGUAAUAUGGUCGACAGAGUGGGAUUCACGAGCUGGCUGGGUAACAACUCUAAGCAAGGCAAAAUGGCUCGGCAGAUCAAAGAAAUCCAGGGACAUAUGCGACUUAGAGCUUCGGGAGACAGACAUGAAAUCCGGCAGCAGUAUCUUCCGGCUCUCUGGGAGAAAUUGGUUCACAGGCUCGAUGUUGACGGCAAGGACGCCGUUCAGGAAGUGAUUGAUUUAAUGGAUAGCUAUUUCCUGACCCGGGAAGACUGGGACUCUAUCCUUGAGCUCGGUUUGGGUCCGAUGUCGGAAAAGACAGUGAAUAUCGAGAGCCAGACGAAAGCCACUUUUACGCGCUUAUAUAACCAACAAUCUCACCCUCUUCCGUUUAUGAAAGCAAGCACCGUUGUUGCGCCGAAGAGGCUCCCGAAGAUCAAGCCAGACCUUGAGGAUGCCAUCGACGAGUCCGAUGAAGGGGAAGAGAUCCUCGGCGAAGAGGAAGUGAAAGAAGAUGACGAUGAGCUUGAUCUUAAAAAAGAUAAAUAUGUUAGAGCACCGAAAAAGACGGGAGCGAAAAAGGCUACUGCUGGGAAAGGCACAGCUAAACCGAAACAAAACAGAAACAAAAGGAAAAAGAGUGACAGCGACCUAGACAUCUCCGAUAGCGAGGAAGACUCCAAGCCUUCCAAGGCUCGGAAGGGUAAAAAGACCAAGGGAAAGGCGUGAAAAAUGCUGUGCACUCCGUACCUGGCGUUGUGUUCUGAAGUUUUGGUCAUGGGACUUCUUGAUCCCUAUUUUGUAUUUUCAUUUGGACAUGAAUUUAUCUUGUAUUUUUGCGACCUUACAUAUCAACUUUCUUGGACUGAGUCAACUUGUAUCUCAGCUCUGCCAUAGCAUUUAGGAUAUUGCAUGGCUAAUGCCAACAUUGAAUAAUUGUAAUCAUAACCGUCUAGUUUAUCUUUGGGCAA